AUGCCUCGUGGUCAGAAGAGCAAACUCCGUUCCCGUGAGGAACGCCGCCAGGCCCGAGGUCAAUCCCAGGACCUUGGGGGCGCUCAGGCCACUGUAGCAGAAGAAGAAGGGGCUCCUUCCUCCUCCUCUUCUUUUGUAGGGGGUACUCCUCAAAGCUUGCCAGCUGCUGGGUCAGGGAGCAAACCCCAGGGGCCUAGGAGAGCCCCAUCCACCGCCACUACUUCUGUAGGCGUUCCAUGCACAAGAGCUGAUGAUGGUGUCAACUGCCAAGAUGAGGAAAGUCCAAGCACUUCCCAGGCCCUGCCCACCACUGAUCACUCAGGCAGAACCCCUCUAGAUGACAAGGCUGUUCUGUUGAUGCAGUUCCUGCUGCACAAGUACAACAAGAGAGAGCCCAUAACAAAGGAAGACAUGCUGAGGUGUGUCAUCAAAAAGUACAAGGAUCACUUCCAAGAGAUCCUUAAGAAAGCCUCAGAGCUCAUGGUGCUGGCCUUUGGCAUUGAUGUGAAGGAAAUCGACCCUGCCAGGCACUGCUAUGCCCUUGUCAGCAAACUGCAGCACAACUCUGAUGGAAGGCUGAGUGGUGAGGAAAUUAUGCCCAAGUCUGGCCUCCUAAUGACGGUCCUGUGUGUGAUCUUCAUGAAGGGCAACUGUGCCACUGAAGAGGAAAUCUGGGAAGUGCUUAAUGUGAUGGGAAUAUAUGCUGGAAAGAACCACUUCAUCCAUGGGGAGCCCAAGAAGCUCCUCACCAAAGAUUUGGUGAAGGAAAGGUACCUGGAGUACCGGCAGGUGCCCGAUAGCAAGCCUCCACGCUACAAAUUCCUGUGGGGUCCAAGAGCCCAUGCUGAAACCAGCAAGAUGAAAAUACUAGAAUUUUUGGCCAAGAUCCAUGAUACCGUACCCAGUGCCUUCCCGGCCUGGUAUGAAGAGGCAGUGAGAGAUGAGGAAGAGAGAGCCCGAGCCAGAUUCGCAGCUAUGUUUUGUACCACUGCUAUGGCCAUUGCACGUUCCAGGGCCAAUUCCAGCAGCUUCUCCUACCCUUAG